ACGCUUGGACCAUGGCAGCCACCGUAGUCCCUCCGAGUCUCCCGCCCUCCGCCACGCCUCAAGAUUACUUUAGGAUUGUAUCACCAACGCUUAUUAUUCCCAGAGACCCAAAAGUUUCGAUCCCAGUCGGAAUACUCGCUUGCCAACGCGAUCCUUUACUCCGUAGCAUCGAGACGACGAUCGUGAGCUGCACUGUGUAUCAGCCUCCACCAUCGACCUCGAAGAAAACUAAGAACGCUGUUUCUGCACCAACUCUCCCAGACGAUCCCAUUCUACAUGUCACUUUACACGAUACUGUGGUUUUUCCUGAAGGCGGUGGACAGCCUACAGACACCGGUGUCAUCUCCACCCGUGAAGGCAAAAACUGGCGGGUACUUCAAGUGAAGCGUCACGGUGGCCACGCCGUUCACUACGUUCAUGUGGAGGACGGUGAUCUGGAGGGAGCGAUGUCGGCUUUUGUGGUUGGUUUACAAGUCAUUGUCCACCUCGCAGAUACGGACUUCGACCGCAGAUAUGACCACAUGUCGAUGCAUACCUCUCAACAUCUCCUUUCAGCCUUGUUGGAAACACGACUGAACCUUCCAACUCUUUCUUGGUCUUUGACUAGUUCCCCUACACCCUGCUACGUUGAAAUUCCUCGCAUUCUGUCCGGAGAUGAAAUCCAGUUGAUUCAAAAUGAGGCGAAUCGGUUGGUAUUUGAGGGCCGGCGCGUGCACGUCGAGGUGGAGGAACUGAAUUGGGCUGACGAGAAAGGCGUCGAUAUAUUGGAGAAUGGGCGGGCCGUUGGGAAAACCCUGCCUCAAGAUUAUACUGGCGGUGUGAAGCGUGUCGUCGUGAUUGACGGCGUUGACAGAAAUCCCUGUUGUGGGACUCAUCUCCCGAGCAUUAACAAUCUCCAACUCUUUCUCCUUCCUCAAACUGAGACUAUUUCGCGUACAAAUGUGACGUCGAGCCGACUAUUUUUCCUAUGUGGUCCUCGACUGCUCACAUACCUGGCAUCUUCUCACUCUGUCAUCACGGAUACUGGGUUUAUUCUUAGCUGCGGUACUCGCCUAGUCCCGGCGAGAGUUGCCCAGAUAGUUGAAGAGCGCAAACGGGCAGAGAAAAGGAUCAACGACCUCGAAUUGGAGCUUUCAAUGGUGAUCAGCGAUAGCAUGGUCUCCGAAGCUAUCAACUUUUUCCAGGGUUCUGAGGCCGGUUUGUUUAAGAAAUAUAUGCAGCGAACAGACGACGCGGGUAGCGCUUUGAGCUUCCUUUCUUCCAUCGCAUUUUCAUUUUCUGGAUCCUUCUCGGAACGUUCGCUAGCCGGUAGAUUCUUAAUCGUUUUGUCUUCUUCACCAUCAUCACAGAGUGCAACCUCCACAACGCUGGUGAUGGUAUUUGGGUCUGAAGACAGUCUGGUCAAACAGGUAAGUGAUAGGUUAAAAACACAGCUUUCAGUAAAAGGAGGCGGAAAAGGCCUUCGAUGGAGUGGAAAGUACACUGGGGUUUGGAAAAAUAGCAGAGAAGGUGCUGGAAUUGUCGAGAUGCUCACAGAAGUAUGA